AUGGCUCCCACACUUCGACCGCUUCCCCCUAGUCCGCGGGAGCUCUCAUCGCGCCCAGUUCGCUCAAGCCGAAAGAGGGUAAAAACGUAUCGUGAGAAUAGCUCCGACGAUGAUUUGUCCUUCCUUGAUGAAACGGAUGAUGAUGGCUCAGAUGCAUUCCGCUUGUCCAUUCGUCGGCCAGCCUACCGUGAAGACUAUGAUUCUCAUCAACCAUCUAAUGCUACAGUUGAAAGCGGCUCCACUGUACAGCUGCUGCCCAGAAUCGAGUCGCGAACACCAUCUUCUCGCCGUAAAAGCUCACUGAUUUCCAGAAGCUCUCAGCGAACUCCGAAAACCCCAACGCCCAAGAAGCAGAGGCUCCAUGAGGAGGUUGAUGAAACACAUAUAGCGUCAUCUGGGGUGAUUCCACCUUGGCAAUAUCUCCCUUAUCAUGUUCUUCUCAGUAUUUUCAAUCAUGCUUUCCCCCCGAUUAGCACUCAGGCAUUAUCUGAUGCUACCAAGUCAGUUCGAUGGCUAUUAAGCACGUCGCGUCUCUGUCGAAAGUUUUUUGAGCCUGCCAUGGCAGCUCUCUACUAUUCGCCGCCUCUUUUCCCUCCAUCCAGGUUGGCGGGCUUGGUCCAUUUGUUGGAGCAACCACAGGAAAAUCUUUUUACAAACUAUAGAAACAAAAUCAAACGGCUUGACAUCCUAUUUCGCCAUUAUCACGUCCGCCAUGUUAACCUCGGACAACUGAUUGCUCUCACGCCUCAACUCCAGCACAUACGGCUCCACGAUACCACACAAUUUGCAAUGCCCCCUUUCAUGAAUGCGAAGCAGCGCUUAAAUACGUGGGGAAAUUUUCUUGAUGCUCUAGAUGCAAGCAAUAUCCGUCUUCGCAGUUGGGCUUGGAAUGGAGAAUUCUUGUUGUCAUCACCGCGCUUCCAGCCACAGGAGAUAGCAGCGGUCCACAGUCGUCCAGCGUUUAUGAGUUUGAGGAGUUUACAGCUCCUCAACCUGCCUCCCAUCUCCUCAAUAAACGACAAUACUGAUGGAAAUGCUUCAGGUGAGGCCGAAUCAAAACCGGGAAACCUCUUCGCAACUGCCCUAUCGUUGCUCCCGGGGUUGCAAGAGCUAGAAUUCAAUCGAUGUUACAAUGUCGAUGAUAAUCUAUUAUCAUUUCUCGACCUGAACCUCAGGUCACUAAAAUUAGUCAACUGCGAAAAUGUUACAUCUGCAAACCUUCGCACCUUCCUCGUCCGUCGAGGCCAGAACCUUUGUGAACUGGUGCUCGAACAUAACCGGCAUCUCAACAUGUCCUUCAUGGUUGACUUGGCCACAUCAUGUCCACAUCUUGAAGUAUUCACUCUAAACUUGAAUUUCACCUCACCAGUCUCAUUUGCCCAUGAUGUCGUUCCAUACUUUGAUGAACUUCUCCACGACUCUGAAGUUCCAUCGUGGCCAGCCUCGCUACAGAUCCUGAAACUAGAACGGUUGCGAAAAUGGGAGAUGUCCACAGCCAUGCUAUUCUUCGACUCAUUGAUCCGUUCGGCACCGUAUUUACCCAAUCUGAGGGUCCUCAUAUUAUCAGCUAUCCUUGAAAUCGGAUGGCGUGACAGGGCAUCCUUUCGCAGAGAAUGGGUAAGCAAAUUAGAAAGGACAUAUCGCAGGAGGUCACCACCGCCCAAUCAGUGUUGUAAAUCGAUUCCCAAAAAAAACCAUGCCGUGGGAUAUACCCGUGAGGAGUUUUCUGGAUCGUAUUCCAGCACUGAGAGAGAAGCACCAGCUCCUCAAUGGCGGAGGCAGAGUACACGAAUUGCCCGCCAGCAAUCCGUCGUAUCCAGCGACGACGAGCGACGGACAUUCACCAAACAUAGCAAUGCUCAAACCAAUUCAAGUGAUAGAGGAGAGUUCAUUCACGGCAUGUGUGAUGUGGUAGAGAUACGUGUGGACAAUUUACGGCCCGCUGACCAUCUCCUGACGAACGAUAACGUUGUGGACGACGAUACCGAUGACGAGGACUGGAACGGGCGGGACGCCGAGGACGUGGAACUUUAUGCUUGGUAA